UAUGCUUUCCUCCCAAAAUGAGUUUGGCGAUGAAUUCUAUAUAAAAAAGAAUAUGAAGAAUGAAUCAUCUUUACUAUAUGAGGAGAGGCACAAAGCCGCUAAUGAAUUGAAAAUUUUACAAUCAAAAAAUCGACAUCUUAAAGAUACUAUAAGGGGAAGUAAGGAGGAAUUAACUGUUCUAAAAUCUCAGGUUACACAAAUUACGGACGAACUUAAUGCAAUUACUAUUGAAUCCGAAGCAUUAAAAUGCCAUCAUAUAGACCUUCAAGCACACAAUGAAGGUCUAAAAAAUUUGCUAAGAGUCGCUAGAGCAAGAUUAGAGGGAUCAACAGCUCGAAAACAAGUAUUAAAUAUCGAUGCCUAUCUUGAGAAAGAGUUAAACGGUCAAACUUUUGAGAAUUUGUUGCAUUCCGUGCGCAAUGAUAUCAAUUCUAUUAAUAUUAUUCAAAUUCAUCCAAAAAAACCAGUAUUGGUUAAAAAGAGUGCAAUGAAAACACCUAAAGAUGAUUCUAAACUAGUGGAAAAGAAAAAGAGAUAUGUAAGAAAUUAUACUGACAGUGAUUACCUUAGUUAA